CUCCUGACCUCAAGUGAUCCACCUGCUUUGGCUUCCCAAAGUGCUGGGAUUACAGACGUCAGCCACCACUCCCGGCCUGAAAAUAAGAAAUCUUAACAUGUUGAAGAGCUCAAGCUCGGGAAAAUGGUGUGCAUUCCUUGUAUCGUCAUUCCAGUUCUGCUCUGGAUCUACAAAAAAUUCCUGGAGCCAUACAUAUACCCUCUGAUUUCCCCCUUUGUUGGCCGUAUAUGGCCUAAGAAAGCAAUACAAGAGUCCAACGAUCCAAACAAAGGCAAAGUGGACUGUAAGGGUGCAGACAUGAAUGGAUUACCAACAAAAGGACCAACAGAAAUCUCUGAUAAAAAGAAAGACUAAAGCAGUUUUCCUAAAGGACCUCAUCAGUUAAAAAAUGGACCUGAUAAUAUGAAACAUCUUCCUUGUAACUGUCUCUGACCUUUUUAUCUGAGACCGGAAUUCAGGAUAGGAGUCUAGAUAUUUACCUGAUAAUAAUCAGGAAAUACAUGAUAUCUGUAUUUAAAGUGUAGUUAGUUAUAUUUAAUGACCUCAUUCCUAAGUUCCUUUUUCAUUAAUGUAGCUUUCAUUUGUUAUUGCUGUUUGAAUAAUAUGAUUAAAUAGAAGGUUUGUGCCAGUAGACAUUAUGUUACUAAAUCAGCACUUUAAAAUACUUGGUUCUCUAUCUAAUUCAUAGGAAUUUGACUGCUGUUUGCUCUACUUUCUUUGGGCUCUUCUAAUUUGAGUGGAGUACAAUUUUAUUGUGAAACAGUCCGGUGAAACUGCAGGGAAAUGCAAGUAGAAUCUUGGGAGGUAAUAAUGAUGUGAAACAUAAAGAUAUAAUAAUUACUGUCCAACACAGUGGAGCAGCUUCUCCACAAAUGUAGUAAUUACUAUUUAUUGCUCUAAGGAAGAUAAAAAAAGAUAGGGAAAAAGGGGAAACUUCUUUGAAAAAUGAAACAUCUUUUACAUAAAUGUCUAAUGUAAUUAUAAAAUGUUAAUCCUUACUGCAUUUCUUCUGUUCCUACAAAUGUAUUAAACAUUCAGUUUAACUGGUAGUUCUUUUUCUUUUAAAGUCUAUUUAAAUAUUCAAAAGGGAAAUUUUUCACUAUGUCGGAAGGCAGAAUUUGGAUGUUGUGAUGGGAUCUGUGUGGUGGUGGGACAACAGUUACCAUUGUUGCCUAAGAAGACACUCCAAAAUUCAGUGGUUUUCAGCAGCAGUGACUCGACUGGGCAGUUCUGUGCUGUUCUGUGCUCACUCAUAUGGCUGGCUGGGCCUGGGUCUGGACCUGGGCACUAUGUGAUUUUUAUCUUGGGCUUUGAAAACUCAGUGUAGGGACCUGUAAAUAUUCAAAGAGGAUGAGAUGCAUCCUUAUCUAUAUUUUUUGUUCCCUCUGAAGCUGGGAAAGAUUAAAAGGGACUCCUGCCCUUGGGUCCCCAGUGGAGUCCGGGUCCUAACUCAGGCUCUGUUAAGUUCUGUGUCUGGUCAAGUCACUGACUUACCUUGGACUUUAUUUGAUAUAAAUCAUAUAAAUCAGCAAGUCUUAGCUUUUAUGUCCAAAGCCACCUGAGGGAUAAGAUAAAUUCUCAUUAGCAAAUACACUUUUUUAAGGUAUAAAUGGUAUUAUAAAAAUAACGGGUAUGUAUAGUAAAACAAUGCAAGAGCAUCCAAAAUGAAAAGCGAAUGUUUUUUCUCAACUCUCAUUCCCUUAUUCCAGCUCCACAGAGGUAAUCAAUUGUUUUUUUUCGUCGUAUGGUUUGUUUUUGUUAGACAGCAGCCUUUUCCUGAACACUGUUUCUCCUUGUGGUGCAAGGCUAACUCAUAGGCAGUGCGUCCAGAGUCUGCCCCAGUUUGUUUUGUGUGUAACCUUCUAACAACUUUUUGAAAAUUAAUUUAUUCCUAAAUA